AUGAGGUUUCAUGCUGCCGACUGGACUGUUGUAGAACGAAGAGGUCAUCAAGCCCUGUAUGCUGGACUUCAAAGCUUACGUAAAGAUUAUGAAACCAUACAUAUCGGCUGGACAGGCCCUAUCAAGGAGCAAGGUACAUGUAAACUGAUCACUCCUAAUAAGCUCGCUCUAGAGGAUAAGGUCAAACUACAGGCUCUUCUUUGGGAAACAGCUCAUGUUAUACCUGUAUUUCUUGAUGAAAAAUCGCAUGGUCAUUACGAAGGUUAUUGUAAACAAGUUCUUUGGCCUGUAUUCCAUUAUUUGGAAAGAUCUUCCUCAUGCAGUAGCAGGGUCGAAAAAAGCUAUUGGGAUGACUAUGUAGCUGUUAAUCGUCAAUUUGCAAAGACAGUCAUCGAUCGAUAUCAAUCAAAUGAUAUUAUCUUUAUUAAUGACUACCAUUUGCUUUUGGUGCCUGAAAUGAUCCGUGAAGCACUGCCUGAUGCAGCCAUUGGUAUUUUUAUCCACGUCACUUUCCCAAGCUCUGAAGUAUUUCGAUGCCUUCAAACUCGUAAUGAGAUAUUACAAGGCAUAUUGGGAGCUAAUCUAGCUGGUUUUCAGACCUAUUCAUACGCGAGACAUUUCAUCUCUUCUUGUACACGUGUCCUGGGCUGUGAAACCACUCAGAUCGGUGUCAGUCAUCAUGGAACCUUGAUCUCAGUUGGCACAUUCCCUAUCGGUGUCGAUUGUGCCCGAGUAAGCCAAUUUAGUAAACAGCCUGGUGUCCGACCCAAGAUGAACGCUAUUCGAGACAUGCACAGCGGCAAAAAGAUCAUUGCUGGUCGAGACAAAUUAGACAGUACCAAGGGCAUCCUUCAAAAGCUUCACGCAUUCGAGGGAUUUUUGAGGGAUUAUCCCGAAUGGCGUAACAAGAUCGUCUUGAUCCAGGUCGCUACACCCACUCAUGGAGAUCAUUCCAAGCUGGAGGCCAAGAUCUCAGAAACAGUGAGCCAUAUCAAUGGCAAGUACGGUUCUUUGGAAUAUACGCCCAUUCACUACUAUCAUCAAGACAUUGACCGUGAUGAGUACUAUGCCUUGUUGUCUGUAGCUGAUUUGCUGCUGAUUACCUGCAGUCGAGAUGGCAUGAACACAACUAGUUAUGAGUACGUUCUCUGUCAGCACCACAAGAAUGAGCCUGGCCAACUCAUCUUGUCUGAAUUUACUGGAACAGCCGGAUCCAUGAGCGCCGCUAUUUUGGUCAACCCGUGGGACUACGCAGAGGUCGCGAAGAGCAUCAAUGACGCACUGACGAUGUCCUUGGAUGAGAAAGCCACACGUCAUGAGCAACUUUAUAGGCACGUUACUAGCCGAACCGCUGAUUUCUGGGCUCAUUCGUUCAUCAAGCAGCUUGUCACAAUCAGCCAGCAACACGACUUGCAGUCCCGUGCGACGCCCACCUUAAACAGUCCAAAGUUACUAACAGACUAUAAAGCAGCUAAAAAGAGAAUUAUGUUUUUUGAUUAUGAUGGAACUCUGACUCCCAUCGUGUCGGUUCCUUCGGCCGCCACACCUUCUCCUGAAAUGCUCAAGGCUCUUCAGGGUUUGUGUAACGAUCCCAAAAAUAUUGUCUGGGUCAUCUCUGGAAGAGACCAAGCUACGUUGGAUGAAUGGUUAGGCAACAAUAUCAAAAACAUCGGCCUUAGUGCAGAGCAUGGAUGCUAUGUCAAGCCUGUAGGCUCAAGUAAAUGGCAGAGUGUAGUGGAUGGUUUGGACAUGAGCUGGAAAUCGGAUGUGAUUGAGAUUUUUGACUACUACACCGAGCGAACCCAGGGUAGCUUUGUAGAACACAAAAAGUCAUCGGUCACAUGGCAUUAUAGACAGGCUGAUGCAGAAUAUGGUGCCUUCCAAGCUAAAGAAUGUCAAAACCACUUGGAGAAUGCUAUUGUAUCAAAGUAUCCAGUAGAGAUCUUGGUUGGUAAGAAGAACCUUGAAGUACGCCCCAUGUCCAUUAAUAAAGGAGAAAUUGUCAAGAGAAUUCUAUCAAAGAAUCCAGACACCAACUUGGUCAUUUGUGCCGGUGAUGACAAAACAGACGAGGACAUGUUCCGUGCCUUGAGUUCUGCUCAUCAAAGCCCAUCCAGUGUCUGGCCAGAACGUGAUUCUCAUCUCUAUUCGAUUACUGUUGGGCCUUCCGAGAAGAAAACACAUGCCAACUGGCACGUCAAUACACCUCAAGAAAUCAUCCAGAUGCUUCAGACUUUGACUUGCUCAUAA